CUAAGGAAUAUGUUCGCGUAAAAGCGAAAUUGAAAAAUAUUCUUGCUGUUCAUUGCAGACAGCAUUUUCUUCUUUAAAUCGAGAAGUACUGAACUGAAGCGUGAAGUGUGAGCUUGACAGCUUGUGAUUAUCAACUAGGGUUUUUUUCUCGUUGAUUUUGAAGUGACGAAUGGCGAACGGAGCUCAUUCUGAAGAUAAAACUCUACAAGCCAUCUGCUACAAACGCGGCUCUCUUCAGCUGCUUGAUCAGAGGAAGCUUCCAUUACAGACGAUUUAUUUGGAUAUAAAAAAUGCAAAAGACGGAUGGGAUGCAAUAAAAGAAAUGGUAGUCCGCGGGGCACCUGCAAUUGCGAUAGCUGCUGCACUCUCCUUGGCUGUAGAAGCGUCUAACUUAGAGACCUUUAAUGGGACAGCUCAAGAUGCGGUAUCUUUCCUUAGCCAGAAAUUAGAAUAUCUUGUCUCAAGCCGGCCAACAGCUGUCAAUCUUUCAGAUGCUGCUACAAAGCUUAACGAAGUUAUUAAGAAGGAAGCUUCCACUGCUUCGGAAGCCAAGACUGUUUUUGAGGCUUAUAUUAUGGCAGCUGAAAUUAUGCUCGAGGAUGAUGUUGCUUCCAAUAAAGCAAUUGGGUCGCACGGAGCUUCUCUUCUCCAAAAUCAGCUGGUGGACUCUAAGAAGAUAUCAAUAUUAACCCAUUGCAACACUGGCAGCCUGGCAACGGCUGGGUAUGGAACUGCUCUUGGUGUGAUUCGGGCUGUCAAUACUGCAGGGUUUUUGGAAAGGGCUUAUUGCACUGAAACACGCCCUUUCAACCAGGGAUCCAGACUGACAGCAUUUGAGUUGGUUACCGAGAAUAUUCCUGCCACCCUCAUAGCAGAUUCUGCUGCAGCCGCGUUGAUGAAAGCUGGAUGUGUGAAUGCUGUCAUUGUUGGAGCUGACCGCAUAGCUGCAAAUGGUGAUACUGCCAACAAGAUCGGGACUUACAGCCUUGCUGUUUGUGCUAUGCAUCAUGGUAUACCAUUUUAUGUGGCCGCUCCCCUAACUUCUGUUGAUCUCUCCUUGUCUUCUGGACAACAAAUUGUGAUAGAAGAAAGAUCUCCAAAAGAACUGUUGCAUACGCAUGGAGGACUGGGUGAACAAAUCGCUGCUUCGGGUAUUUGUGUUUGGAAUCCGGCAUUUGAUGUUACCCCGGCCAGUUUAAUAAGUGGCAUAUUUACCGAAAAGGGCGUCAUCUCAAAGGACGGGAAUGAUGCUUUUGAUAUUACUGGUUUUGUACACAAGGUCUCGGGAAAUGUAUAAUACACCCCUCCCUGACCGAGCUACCUACUCAUACUGCGGUGAGGCAUCCUUCGUUGGUAAAGAAGGUUUCAGUUGUAUUGCAUUGAACGGCUCGGUGUUGGAUGCACUUGUUUAAUUUGAAUAAACCAUCAUCCAUACAAGGUCACUUGUGCUGUACUUGACAUGUUUAAGUGAUUCUUGAGGAAUCUGGAUUUGUGAGCUACUUUCUGUUUCUUUAUUGCUUUUUGAAUUUAGAUGUGUAUCUGCCAUUUAUCAGAUCUCAUAUUCCUUUGGGUUUAUUAAUAGCAGAAAAGCUAUGUGCCCAAAAACUCCACUAUCUGAAUACAGUUAACUUGUGUGAAA